AUGGCAUCUUUCAACUUCACCCUCUUUGACUCUUCAACAUUCAUCCUAAUGGGCCUCCCUGGACUGGAAGCUGCUCACAUCUGGAUUUCAAUCCCUUUCUCUAUGUUCUACAUUAUUGGCCUUUUGGGAAAUUUCACCAUUCUGUUUGUUAUAGGCAAAGAGCAGACCCUGCACAAGCCAAUGUACCUGCUACUCUGCAUGCUGGGACUCACAGAAAUCAGCAUAUCUACCACAGUCGGGCCGAAGGCACUUUGUAUAUUUUUCUUUAAUUUAAAAGGCAUUACUGUGGGUGGCUGCCUCGCCCAGAUGUUCUUCCUUCACGCGGGUUCUAUGAUGCACUCAGCUGUUCUCGUCACAAUGGCCUUCGAUCGCUAUGUUGCCAUAUGUAACCCUCUGAGAUAUUCCACCAUCCUCACCAAUGCACGAAUAGCUAAGCUAGGGCUUGUGGGUUUGAUAAGAGCUGUUCUCUUCAUUCUGCCCAUGCCUCUGCUCCUGAGCAGGCAGCCAUUCUGUGCCAACCGCAUUAUCCCCCAUACAUACUGUGACCACAUGGCUAUAGCAAAGAUGUCGUGUGGGGACAUCACAGUCAACAGGAUGUAUGGCUUGGUGGUGGCCUUUGUAUUCAUUGGGUCAGACCUGACACUCAUUGCCCUGUCCUAUGGUCUAAUCAUACGGGCUGUCCUCAGGAUCUCCUCCAAAAAAGCCCACCAGAAAGCGCUCAAAACCUGCACUGCCCACAUCUGUGUGAUGCUGAUGUCUUAUCCUUUCUUUUUCUUCUCCACUCUGACACACCGGUUCAGUCAGGGCAUCGCUCCCUACGUUCACAUCAUAUUGGCCAAUCUCUAUUGCCUCAUCCCCCCCAUGCUGAACCCUAUCAUUUAUGGGGCCAAAACCAAAGUGCUUCGUGAGAAAGUGGGCAAAUACACUUGCAGCGUGUGA